GGUUAUAAUGUAAGAGAGAUGAGGAUGUCUUGAGCACUGUUUGCAGAGAGAGUGAAACCUUUUCAUCAUGACUGAUUUUAAAAGCUGGUUCUUUGCAUCCUGGAUUCUCUGUUAUCUAACAAUUUCUAAAUCCAGCGAUGUCAUUGUACAGAGUUUCGAGGGCGAGAGAGUCAUUUUGCCAUGCAGAUAUGACAGCAAAUAUCAUGGAAAAUGUGCCAUAUGCUGGAUGAUAGGAGACAUUCCCACUAUGGGUUGUGGUAAUGAAGUUAUUGGAAGUGAUGGAGAUAAAGUGGUGAGGACAAAAGCGUCCAGAUACCAGCUGGAGGGAAGAAUAAAGCAUGGAGAUGUGUCCCUGACAAUCCUAAACGUAAAAAAAACUGACUCCGGCAAAUAUGGAUGCCGAAUACAUGUUCCUGGACUGUUUAAUGAUGAGAAGUAUUACGUCCACUUGAUUGUUAAGGACGCCAUUAUUCCAACAACUUGGGAAACUACAUCCAUGUCGAGCAGCACAUCUGAGCAUGAAACCACAGGAGUUUUCAGCACUGCCUUGACAGAGGCACCUGGUCCAACCACACCAGAGCCUUUGGUAACCACUAGUUCUGGGCUUAUAACCUCUGAAUCACAGACCACUGAAACCUCAGAAGUGGAAACGAGCACAACACAAGAGAGUUCUUCAGUGGUCAGUUCAACAAAUGCUCCUGAGAGCAGCACUAAUGGAUUGUGGCUCUCUGACACAACAUACGCCAUUAUUCCAACAACUUGGGAAACUACAUCCAUCUCGAGCAGCACAUCUGAGCAUGAAACCACAGGAGUUUUCAGCACUGCCUUGACAGAGGUGGAAACGAGCACAACACAAGAGAGUUCUUCAGUGGUCAGUUCAACAAAUGCUCCUGAGAGCAGCACUAAUGGAUUGUGGCUCUCUGACACAACAUACGAAACCUCAUAUGUUUAUCGUGAAUCGUCCUCUUUGGAAAACAAAGAUAGUGUAAAUGCGUCAGCAGUGAUUGUGCCUGUCCUCGUGUUACUGUUGGCUUUGAUUGUCAUCGCUGUCAUUCUGAUAUUGAAGCGCAGGAAGAAAACCAGAGUUUCGGUAGACAUAACCCAGAACUCGGAGACCUCUGUCAUCUACAGUAACUCUGGCAGCAGUUUCGGCCUGUACAACAGAGAUAUGGCUCUGGAAAAUAUCUUUCAAAUACAACCUGAAAAUGAAUAUGAACAGUGGCAUUAAUUCACAUUUCCUAUUUACCUAAUUUGAUCAUUGUAAACUUCUUUGUCUUCUGUUUACACUGUGUCAUAAUGUGACAGCUAUCGCUGAUCUGAGAAAUUAUUUCUCUGGACUAACCUUACUAGACAGCGGCUAAAAUACUGCUGCACUUUAUCAUUAUUAAAACUAAUCUACGUUAAC